AUGGCUAAACACAGGUUCUCCAUGCUUCUCUUGCUGUGGCUUUUUGUGUGCAUGCAGCCGGCAUGGCCCUUUGAUCAAGUGCCUGCAAUCCUGGACAGGAGCUUGGAGGUCCCACCAUUUCAAAGUAUCAGAAUCAGACCAGAUGGAGUAGGCAUUGAAAGUUCAAGUGUCUCACAUGAGGAGAGUUUUUCGCCUGCAGCUGAAAACCCACUCCGAAAAAUGUUGCAGCCCUACGGAUGGCAUUUGCACACUCAGCCCAGAACUAAAAGGAAGUUACUUCAGUCUACUAGCUCAGGGCCAUACUCUCCUCUGACUGUUGCUUAUAAUGGCAAGAUAUGCAUCCUGUUCAAGGCCAAGAGACUGGCUAUUCGCUACAGAAACAACACUUUUCUGGACUUAACAGAAAGGGUAUUUGGGCCCAAUGCCUCUGUAGACACCAAAGGCUCCUUAUGCACCAAAGAAAAAGCUACCCUUUCUCUUCGCCUGGGAGAUGUGGAGGACAUUAAGGGACUUGUCAUAAGGCUCCAAAUGUCCAACACAUUUUACGAGUCAGUCGGCCAGAACUGGUUCACUUUGGACAGUGUUCAUAUCCACUACAACUGGACCCAUGAGGCUACAUUCAACGCCACUGAAGUCUACGCUCCCGCUACCUACUCAUACCACUGCCAGCACGUCAGUAGCCUACAGAAAUAUGACACCUUACUGGUGCCCAGCUCCCACACAGAUAGCUCUGCGAACUGGCACAUCACUUUUACAGACUUCCAAAUCCAAGCCUUCAAUGUGCAAUCCAACAAAUUUGCCUCGGCCAGUGAUUGUGCAACCUUCUUUACGCCAGCCAUCCUGAUGGGACUCAUCACGUCUCUGAUUCUGCUGCUGGUGUUGGCCUAUGCCCUGCACAUGGUAGUCCACCUCAAGCACAUUGACCGAUAUGAAGAGCACAAGGCCACUGUCUACUUUCCACGUAUGCCUGAGGCUGAACUCCCUGACAAGAACAGUGUUUAG